AUGACUGGGGUAAAUUCAACCCUUAACAACAAUCAAUUCCAAUAUGAUACAACUACAAAUAAAAGAGAUAAAACUCCAUCACCUUCAAAAGAAAUAGAAUCAAAAAAUAAAAAAAUAAUACAAAAUGGUAAAGGACCAAUACAAUUCAAAGUAAGGCGAUCUUCAACUAUAUCCAAUGAUAAUAAUCCUAAUAUCACUACUGAAUCGAAAUCCAAAAUAACUCCUUCUAAAGGUUUAAAUAUUUUUGCUGUAUCACCAAUUAAUCAAACGACUCCUAAUUCAAGUUUAAAUAGUUCAAAUGCAACACUAACCGAACAAACCAUACCUACAUCAUCAUCUUCAUCAAAUAAUGGCACUAACGACCAACUCAAAAAUAGAAGAUCAAAAUCUCCCACAGAUUCAUCAAGAUUUGAUUUUAAAUUACCAUCAAAAGAAGAAUUAAAAUUAAUGGAUAUAGAUGAUCAAUUAAGAAUAUUAGCAUUGAAAGAAAUGAUAAUAGUACAAAUUAAAGAUGAAAUAUCAAAUCUUCAAGCCAAAUUAGGUGAAAAUGAAAAUGAAUUACAUGAAUUAAGAGAAAUUGUUCAAAGAUCAUUAUAUCAAGGUAUUAGUAACAAUGUAACAACAACGACAACAAACAACAAUAAUAAAACAUUAGGACGACAAAGAACAAAUUCAAAUCCAAGAGAUCAAGCAAUUGAAAGUAUUAAAAAUAAAAGAAGAUCAAGUAGUGGAGCUGGAAUCCCAAUAUAUGAAGAAGAAAAGAAUUCAGAAGACAAUGGCAGUAAUAAAUCUAAAUUAUGGAGUGGAUUAUCUAAACCUUUUAAUUUAUUACAACAAUUUGAUAAUUUAUUACAAAAUGAAUUUGAAAAAUCAUUGACGUUAGAUACGAAGAUACACCAAAAACAACAACAAAAUCAUCAACAUCAACCAAGAAACUCAGAGGAUUCAAUAAAUAGUAUAGGAUCAAUAAAUUCUCCACUACGUACAAAAUCACAAACAACUUUAUCAGAAUACAAGAAUAGUUUAGAUAGAAAAUCAGAUGAUAUGAUACAAACUGUUUCAUCAUCUAUUUGGUCAUUUGUAAAUGAUGUUAAAUUAAAUGUAUUAUCUUCAUUAAAUGAAGAAGAAAAUCUGGACUUUAAUUCAAAUUUAAGUCUAGAUGAAGAAGAAGAAGAUAAUGAUAAUGAUGAUGAAAAAAUAGAUUUUUCUAUAUAUAAGAAUUAG